UUAGUGAUGCCUACAAGAAUUAUCUAAUACCUACGCAAAGCUCAGUCUUAUUCGUGUAAUCAUAUAGUGAAGUUGUGUUUAAGUUAUAACAUUAUUUUAUAUUGUAAACGAUAAACGAUAGCUUAUUUAUCAGGAUCAUUCGGAUAAGAUGCAAAUUACAGGUCUGAAUCGUGGUUUAAUAGCAACAUGUUUACUCGGUAUAUUGAUCUCUACGUACGCACUCUACGUAGAGAUGGCGGCUGAGAUGAAGCCGGGGUACAAAGCAUUGUGUGAUAUAUCUGAACAUGCGAGCUGUUCAAAAGUGUUAACAUCUAAGUACGGAAAGGGGUUGGGUAUUAUGCCCAAAGAUUCACCGUUUAAACUACCGAACUGCGUGUACGGAGUUAUGUUUUAUUCCAUUAUGAUAUUCUUAACAACUUUCAACGUGACGUCAGUGGUAAAAGUGCAGAUUGCUUUAUCAAUUACAUCAUUGGCAACAUGCGUUUAUUUAGCAUAUUUACUUAUUUUUGUACUACGUGAUUUCUGUGUCGUUUGUGUAUCUACAUAUUUGUUAAAUAUUAUUGUAGCUAUUUUAUUAAACAAGAAACACAAUGGUUUACUUACGAAAAAUAGGUAGAUAUCUAAUGUGGUUGAAAUUAUAUUGACCGUAUCGCCAUCUAGUAUCGAAUAUAUGUACUAUUAAGUUUUAACGCGAUCUCUGCCUGUGUUUGCCUUUAUAUAAUGUACGUACUACUCAAUAGAUGGCGGCUGCAGAUUGUCGCGAUUUCCGAUGAGUUUUUAAUUUUAUGUUAAAUAAAUAUAUUAUAUUGAUUAAUUCAUUCAUUCAUUAAAAGUCAUAUAUAUUUAUAAAAUAAAUGUUUUUGCUCUGAA